CACAUGACGCGGGGGGUCACGUGGGUGGGUUUGAAGUUUUGUCGACAAGUGAGAGUUCGGCGAUGGAGCUGCCGGUGGUCAGUCUGAAGAUGAUCAUCAUCGUGCACUGGCUCCUGACAACCUGGGGCUGUCUGUGUUCCUGGCUCCCACAACCCUACAUCUGGAGUAAUUACGCUAUACUGGCCAUUGGGGUUUGGGCCAUUGCCCAGAGAGAUUCUGUUGACGCUGUUGUAAUGUAUUUAGUUGGUAUGGUGAUAACGAUCCUCAUGGACAUCAUCCACAUUGCGAUCAGCUACGACCAUUUCCCGGGCGGACAAAGAUACGUUGCCUUGAGGGACCAGUUCCGCUUCAGUGUUGGCAUGGCAAUUUUAAGCCUCAUUCUGAAACCGGUUUCUUGUCUCUUUGUGUAUCAAAUGUACAAGGAACGAGGGGGAGAUUACAACCUAAACUUUGGUUUUCCAGGUUUAACUGGUGGUCGGGAUCGAACUUCAUACCAAACUAUCGAUGGGCAGGAGCCUCACCACCAACCUGCUGUUUCUGCAGGGACCAAGACUCCUUGCGCAGCCUAUUAAUGUUCAAGCUGUAAGGCACUACUGUAUGAAAGCCUGUGCCUUGUGCCUUACAUUCAGUAACCACUUGCUCCUGAAUGUGUGUGUUGAUGAGUCAAUGUAUUCUGUAUAAAUGUCCUGUUCACAUCUUCCAGAUCAUGAGGUUAUUGUAGUGACUAUCCAGGAGGCAGCUGGGCUGCAAUACUGUCAGUAGCGCAAAACAACUUGGAGUUGAGGCUGGAGAUUGUUGCACUUCAGAAAAUUCUAGCCCUGGUGAAUUCCAGUGUAGUUAUUGGGGCGUGAAUUAAAAUCACUGCCUAUUCCAUUCAGAAUAUUACAGUCUUUGCUGAAUACGAGAUGCAGAAUGAAAGCUGUUGACAGCUCCUCAGAGGUUUAAAGGCGUGACUCAUUGUAUUAAUACUGAGCCAUAAUGACCAAAGUGUUGAAGGUGACUUGCUUCAGACUUUUACUACAAGUAUCUUAGAAAGCAGAGGUGACAUUAGUCACCCACCCUUUAGCCAUAGGAAUAUUGCACCCCACCAGCAAUUCACUGAACCAAUACUGUCUUCCAGUUCCUGAAAUUUUUGACUGUUACACUUUAUAGUAUUAUCCAACUCCAUGCUUCAAUUUUCUUGGCCGCGAGCUAUUUGAAAGUAUGUAGCUUCAGUAAUUUUGUCUUAUAGUAACUCUCUCGCUAAGGCUUGGUAAAAUGGAUAGGGAGUUUAAUGUUGCCCUAAAUUUGACUAUUAGGCUCUUAGGCUCUGGCCAGGGCUAAUCUGUUGGGUUGGCAUAAUUGGUGCUCAAUUGCUGUUUCUCAGUGGGACACAGAAGAGUGGCACCAGCUGACCAGCCCUGUUCUCUCCUCCAGGAAAGUGAUUUAAGAAUUUGCUAUUUAGUAGUUGUAGGCCUGUGUCUCACACAACACAUUGUACCCUUCCCCCACAGUGCACAGUGCAUUGUGUAGCCCACAUGGAACGGUGCAGAUUUGUUGGACUGACUGGCCUGUUUCUGCGCUGUAACGUUUUGAGAGCAAACAGCUCUCUGGUUUGCUAUUGGCCUAGAGACAAUUUCUGUAGUAAGGGGGGGGGGGGUCUCACUUAGCAUUUUCAAGAGUAGACAUGACUUUGUUUACAGUCUAACUCUUGAUUUCCAGCAAAAUGAAACACAUUUCUGCUAAAGUUGUGUGUAAAUUGGUCCUUUUAAAAUUUUACUAACUUGUAAGAAGCUUGAUUUUAUGAAGUGCAUAAGUGGUGAAUGAAAGAAAGAGAGGGAAGCAACUGUGACUGAAACCAGUGCAAAAAGUUGUUGGGGAACCGCUGCUGUUGCCUUUGAAAAUGACAAGGGGUUAAUAGUUUGUCCAUUUUCCGCAAAAGUCAUUCAUAGUAUCCCAAUCUCAAGAUGGUUGCUAGCCUCAGCAUGUGAUUCUAUUGCCAUGGGAACAAGUGCCAGGUAUCAAUCAUGGGCUCACUGUGUGUGGGUGAACGUUUAAAUCCUGAUGUGUAAUUUUACUCAAUUAUGUGCCAUUUGUUCAAUUUUAGUGCCUGCUUACUGUCAGCAUCCUGAAUGGUGUGAUUGUGAAAUGUAUCUAUUAUUGCUAAUAAAAUCUACUAAAAUGGA